AGCUAGCGAUCGAUCACUGGAACAGUCCAACUUGUGAGGCAAAAUAGUUUUGUACACUGUUUUGUUUUUUGUGUGUAUCUUCCUCUUCAGUUGCUUUUGUCUGGGUGGAUUUGCCAAGCAUGAGCAUUGUCGGGGAGGGCCAGGGGAAGUCUGAGCUGCUCAGCAACUCCUUGCAAGCAACCUGUCGGAUGUGUCUGUGAACAGUGAUAGCAGAAGCAUGUGGCUUCCCACAGUCCUGUUUAAAUACUGAACUGCACAAAGAUGUUACGUUUCUUUCGACGGACUCUGGGGCGUCGGUCUAUGCGCAAGCAUGUGGAGAAGGAGCGGCUAAGAGAGGCCCAAAGAGCUGCAACCCACAUCCCUGCAGCUGGAGAUGCAAAAUCCAUCAUCACUUGUCGAGUAUCGUUGCUGGAUGGAACCGAUGUCAGUGUGGACUUACCGAAAAAAGCCAAAGGCCAACAUCUGUUUGAACAGAUCAUGUAUCAUCUGGACCUCGUUGAAAAUGACUACUUUGGACUGAGGUUCAUGGAUUCCGCACAAGUGGCACAUUGGUUGGACAACACAAAGAGCAUUAAAAAACAAGUUAAAAUUGGCCCACCAUACUGUCUGCAUCUUCGUGUAAAAUUUUACUCCUCUGAGCCUAACAAUCUCCGUGAAGAGUUAACAAGGUAUUUAUUUGUUCUUCAGCUAAAACAGGAUAUUCUCAGUGGAAAGUUGGAAUGCCCGUUUGACACAGCAGUCCAGUUGGCAGCUUAUACCUUACAAGCUGAACUUGGCGAUUAUGAUCCUGCUGAACAUGUUCCUGACCUGGUGUCUGAGUUCAGGUUUAUGCCCACUCAAACUGAAGAGCUGGAACUGGCCAUUUUCGAGAAAUGGAAGGAAUACAGGGGGCAAACGCCAGCCCAAGCUGAAACUAACUAUUUGAACAAAGCUAAGUGGCUGGAAAUGUAUGGGGUGGACAUGCACAUAGUCAAGGCGAGGGACGGCAAUGAUUACAGCCUUGGACUGACCCCGACAGGAGUUCUGGUCUUUGAAGGUGACACCAAGAUUGGUCUGUUUUUCUGGCCAAAGAUAACCAGACUGGACUUCAAGAAGAACAAAUUAACACUAGUUGUUGUUGAAGACGAUGAGCAGGGGAAGGAGCAGGAGCACACUUUUGUGUUUAGGCUGGAUCACCCCAAAGCCUGCAAACACUUGUGGAAGUGUGCAGUGGAACAUCAUGCUUUCUUCCGCCUAAGGGGACCCGUCCAAAAAGGCUCAAGCCGAUCAAGCUUCAUUCGGCUGGGAUCACGGUUCAGAUACAGUGGGAAAACAGAAUACCAGACAACCAAGACCAACAAAGCUAGAAGAUCAGCAUCCUUUGAAAGGAGGCCCAGCAAGCGAUAUUCAAGGAGAACACUACAAAUGAAAGCAAACGUUGCUAAACUUGAAGAAACAAGCAUUCCGAACAAUGUCUUACAUCAAAAUAAUGGAUCACAACAAAGCUGGAAUGCAAAGCCGACCCUGCCUGUCAAAAUGACAGUUCCAUCUGGCCCAGUCUUAGUGGAAAUAGAAAAUCUUCCUAGGAGCCCUGGAGCCAGCCAGCAAGACAUGAAAUGCAUGCCUCUGAUUGUUGAUUUACUAGACAGCAAGGAGUUGCUGGAGACUUGCAUUGAUGAGCCUGCUGCUAGUUUGACAGCAGGAGUUCCAGAGGAGGCAGAUCUUAGCUUUGUUCCUCCGGGCACAAAGGAGACAGCUGCUGAAAAAAUAGAACCUGCUGCAUUCGAAGACACGUUGAAACUGAAACAUCUGGAGACAGAACCCAGCCCGAUGCCAGCGCCCCGCUCCAACAUAAACAUCAAUAUCAAUAAACAGGAUGAGGUGGUGAAGUUGACAGAUAAGUGUCUUAAUAACGCAAUUGAGAGCCCAGUAACAACACCAGAGCGUCUUCCUGCAGACAUAAAGAGCAACAUCCUGAAGGCGCAGGCAGAGGCAGUGCACAAGAUCACAAGAGAGGAUAGCAUGUUGGACAACAAGAAAGCCAAUAUUCACGAUGCCACUGCCAGGGGCAUCCUGAUCUCAGGGAAAGCACAGAGCAGCCUGCUGGCAACCAACCCACUAUUUCAGGAAUCAAGAGAAGUGCUGAAAGAAAUCCCUGCCUCAAAUGCCUUCCUUCCUAAUGCAUUAGAAGAGGAUAAUGCUGCCUCUGGCCCUGAAGAAUCACAGAUUCCAGCUAUUCUGGCUCCAGCAGAGGAGACUGCAGUUUUAAAGAGCAGUCCAGAUGACCUUGAUGUUUUGUUAACAUCACUGACGGAGAAUCUAAUUGACUUUACAGAAACCAUUCCUCGGGUGUCUUCCCAGCCCACAAUUACACCCAGGUGGAUCGUGCCAAGUGGGCUGGUUUCCAAUGGGCCUUUGGGGAAUGAUGUUGUUUUAGCUCUAAAGGCAGUGAAAGGCAGCACCGAAGCAUUGUCACUCCCAGCUGGAUCUCCCUCAUCACAGCAGUCAGCUGAAAUCCUUGCAAGCCCCGUCACGGAGGAUCCUGCGAUAAAGCCGAAAUGUUUACUCACCACUGAACUCUGAGAGGAGGGAGCUUCAGUGCUUCCAAUCUGCUGAAAACUCAAACCUUCUAGCAUCUUCAAGGAGCCCUUUGGAAGGACCUACCUGGGAUUAAGCUCUUGCUGGAUGUGGCCACAAAUGACCAGCUGCUUUGCUGAGAAUCUGGAGGGAAACGUUCAUCUUUAUUGAAGUUCAGAUAGAACUAUAGUAUAAACUAGGAUGUAAAGCUUCAAGGAUGCAUGAGCUUCUCUCAGGAGCGAUGAAACACACACUGGAACUAGUUCUGGGCAUGAAUAACGAAAUCUAGGAGUGUUCUAUCCAUAUUCGACUUAGUCUCCUUACUUUUUACUGCUUCAUAGAUGGAAAGUGUUCAUCUGAUAUCAGCCCACUAGCUUUGUGAAAAGUCAUGGCCCAGAGCUUCAUAACUUGACACUUGGGGAAAUUAGAAGAACUUCUAGGGCCACCUGCUGGUUAUGAAUAUAAAUGGUGACUAAUAGCGAUAAUGGUAAUUUUAUACAGUCAAGGCCAUUCUUUUCUGUGUGAAUGUCCCUUCUCUGUUUUUCUUUGUACCAACGUGGACAAGCCUUCUUGGCCUUAACCCCCUUUGUAGUCUUUGCACCUUCUCUUUACAGCACCUGGAGAGAACUGAAAAUCCAGCCCAUGGGUGCACAUUUACCCCAGUAACUGGAUUUAAGCUGCUCUUCAUACCCAGAGAAAGGAAGAAUUCUUCUGCCAAACAGUUUAGGAUUCCCAGAGAAAGGUAGGGAGGUCCCAUAUUUUGCCCCAGGUAUCUUCAUUUCCUAGAAGACUUAGCAAACAUGUUUUGAUGUAUUUUAAGCCAUAGAUAUGCAUCCUAGUUUGGAUCCUAAAGCGAGACCUAUGGAUGAAGGGCAUGAACACUGGGACUCUCCAAAGGCUGGUCUCUGUUAUAUAUUUUAGGGCUAGGAGGGACUUUUCAUUGUUCAUCUUGGUUUGGUGGGUGUUUCCAGCUGCUGUUGUUUAGGAACACUCGACUAGCUUGUUAGUGACACAAGUGUACAAACAGAACAGUUAAUAUCCCGCCUGUAUUCAGUUCCAAACUUCAAUAUCAGGUGUGGAUGGGAGUGAGAGUGGAAAGAGGUCAGCUGGGGACAGAAUGAGGAUCAAGGGUCAAAUGUCUCCUAAUGGCAAUUCACCCAUUUGGAUAGGUGGAAGGUAGGAGCAUUUGUGCAAGAAUGGUGACCGGACUACACACUGCAAAGUGCUGACCUUCCUGUACUAAUGGUAAACGUGUUUGUUACCACGUACUAAGGAGGAUUAAGAUACAGACAGUAGGUCAGCUUGAAGAGACCAUUAGGGCUGCUGGCAAUAGGGUCCCCAGCAGAAACCACACAGAUGAGUAUUUAGAUACUAUGGUGACGAAUGCCAUAGAAAACUUUUAACAAAAGGUCAAAGGAAAGCAAAAAAUGGGAGCCCAAUUGGACAAUAAUUUGAUGUCCUUUAUCAUGCCAGGGUCCUAACAGGAAUGCCUGGUUGAAAUAGCAAGGGGGCUAGGUUUCUGUGUUUGUGACUGUAGUGCUGUAUUUUAUAAAUAUUUACAUGCAGAUAGUUCAUGUUGGCGGAAACACUUUUAAAGACAAUUCUUAAACUUUUGCCCAAUUUCACUCCUGCACAUUUCUAAAUGUGGAAAAUUAAAAACUGGACUAAACCACUGUAGUGGUGUGAGAGAAUGGGUUAGUUUUGGGCUGGUUUUCCCCUCAGCGUAACAGAGUUUGCUGCUGCUGAAUGUGGCUGGUUCUGUCAGGGGCUUGUGCUUGUGUCUGCAAGAUGCUUAUUGAGAGUAAUGUUGUUAAAGAAGGAAUGGCUCAUUGUACAUGGCCCACUGUUUCUCCUCAGUCUCUUCUCCCCUCUUCCCCCUCCAAAAAAUAAAAUAAAAUACAGCCUUACAUAGGGAAGAAUAGAAAACAUAAGUAGCAGUGGGGCUUGGAAGACCAGCCCGUGACUGUGCGUGGAUAGUGGUUCCCAGGCACUGCUACAGGAACCAGUGCUAGGGAUUUGUGACUGGUACCACAGGUUUUCCCACGCACUGAUUGUGAGAGGAAUUGAGCUGCCCAAGUCCUCACUGACUCCAGCACUUCUCAUCCUCAAAGUGAACUUCUGUCAUAGGCCAAAUGUGGUGGUUCUGCUCACUCCCCAUUCAACUGUAUCCACUGUAGUAGAGCUCUGGAUUGUUUACUCUUCAUGCCCAAGCUUUGUUGCAGGGUAGAAUAGAUAUGGCUUCCUGGCUCAUAUCUUAGUCUGGGUUACUACAUUUGCCCAAAAAGGUUGCUUCAGCAAUGGGAAGCUACAGGUGCAGGAACAAAGCCAUUACUGUGAUGGAGAAACUUGGCACUUCCUGUUAACCUGUUUGCCCAGUAGCAUCACCUGCCAGAGAGAUUUGUUGGUUUUGUCAACAAACAGAAGACUGUAGAAUUUUAAUUUAAAACAAGUUGUUAAUUGAUACAGCAGGUUGAGGUGAACUGUGCACUAGCCAUAAGAGCCUCUUAACAAAAUAAAAUAAUUAAGCAUAGAGCAUAGUAUGUGCAGUCCCUACCCAGUGACCAUCUGUGUCCAAUAAAUUAUACAUGGUGGUGAAAAUAUUGUGCCCCUAAAAUCUAAAUAAUUUAAUGCUGAAUUAAUUAGUGUGAUCUUUUUAAUCCCUUCUGUGGCCAAGAUUUUUCCAAAGUAACUAGUGAUUUUCAAUGCCUGCAUUUUGGUGCCCAGCUUCAGUUAUUUGGGAUGAAAUCUUGGCCCCAUUGAAGUCAGUGGCAAAACUCCUAAUGACUUACAGAGGGACAAGGAUUUUACCAUUAAUUUUCAGAGAGUGAGUGCUCCCCACUUGCUGAAAAUUAGGGCCUUUUAAAUAUCAAGUUGGGCACCCACAAUUGCUAGUCACUCUGGAAAAUUGUGACCUGUAAAUCCUAUUCUGUUCCAAUGAUGAUCUGACGCUUAUAGUUUUGUUUCACUAAAAUGUUACUUACAAAAUGGCAGAUGUAAGUGCAGUAGCCAUGAUUGGCUGUUGAAUCCGUAUUGUAACAUUACAGAGGACCCAUAUUUACCAAAACAAAGAAAAAUACAGGAACCGUGAAACCUACAGAGUAUCAAUUACUGCCUUUCGUCCACUCAGAAGGGGACAUUUCUUAUCAUUUCUUGUUUUCAACUGGUUGUGUAGAAGGCCCAGCUAGCCUGUAAAAUGUUGCCCAUUGGCAUUUAGUUAUUUUAACUUGAGUGAUUCAUCUAUAAAAUUCUGCCGUCCAGGUUUUGAAUUUGUUGUUCGGACAUUUGAUGACAUUGUUGAACAGUUACAAAGUACAGCAAAACAGCCCUUUUAAAAUUUGAAAAGAGUGAGAAAUAGGCAAUUUGUACCACCCAAUAUGUGGCGUUCAAAGAGGGAAAAACCCAGUUUCCAGAACCAAGGAGUUUAUUUCCAUUUGAAUUACAAAACUAUCACCCCACUUUUUACUGAUGCUUAUUCCAGUUUAUAGUAAGUAAUUAAAUGUUGCAUUUUGCCUCUUCUUUUACUAUGUUGGUGUUUAGUUUCUAGAUAUCAAACAGAGCGCAGGAUCUUGGAGACCAAAACCACAGGCCUCUUUACCACUUUAACUAUGGCUCUGCUAGUAAGAAAGACAGUAUAAAGCAGUACUUACACAUUAGCCAGUUACAGGACAUACGCAAGGAUGAAUUUCUUCAAAUUUGAGCAUUAGCCUAUGUAGCACAGUAGGACUUUAUUUUGGACUGUUAUUUGAACAAAUAACUUUGGGAAGGAAAAACUUCCUGCUCCAGGAAAGAGACUCUGGAUCAUAGCCCAGUUCAAAUUUGGGUUUCGUUCUACAGCCUCUUCUUUUCAGUCUUGUUCCCCUUCCCAGUCUCUCCCCUGCCCCACACCUCGCUUUUUGUCUUCAGCACAUUCCUGCCUCUUGCAGGAGAUGCUGUACUACGCGAUCAUCCUUCCCCUUCACAAGCAGCAUGGGGCUAUCUUGUCAAGUACUAAACGUGCGCUGCUAGAAACCAAACCUGCUAUAGGUCAGGGCAUUCACCUAGCAGGUGUCUCUCUUGACCAACUGUCAGCCCAACACCUUGUCAUGUGAGAUGUCUUAUCAGAACUUCUUGGAUUAGCAGCAAACUCUGUUAGCACUACUCUGUCACACCCACGGCUUUUCACAAAUAGCUGGACAAUAGUACAUUUUUAUUUAAAAAAUCCUUGUCGUUAAUGGCCUUUUAAUGAUGCAAGUGUAACCCAGUUUAACACAGAGUAGCAAAGAGCAUGGGUUGCACAAGAUGACUCAUCAGAGGCAUGUUUAAAAAUUUCUAUAACAGAACAGCCAUUUGAAAAUGUGAAAAGCUGGGAGCCACAUUAUGGUCUGCUAAGCUCUGGGAGUUGUUUUCUGGCCCAGAGCAGUCCUCCUUCUACCUGAAUCUUUCUUAGGACUUUAGAAAUAUUGCAAGCCCCUUACUCCAAUGCAUUAAAAUUAAAUGACUUUUGUAAGCACACUAGGUUUUUAUGAUUAGAGAGCGAAAUCCAGGCAGUUUGAAGAGUCUGCAUUUGAGACCUGUGAUCUGGAACACUCGGCAUUAGCAUUUGACACUGGGCAUCAGUAUGUUCCCCUUCAGCUCACGUGCUGAAGCCCCAUGUAACUGUUCGCGGUAGGGAGCGGGUAUUGCACAAUGUGGGAGGAAGGUAGGAGUCUUCUGUGAGGUUCUCAGCCAUUUUACUUUCUGGCUGAGCACUUCAUUUCUCUGGUUUCCUCCUACACACACACAACUAAUUACACUUAACUGGACAAAUGUAUUUCGAAGUAUGCAAGAAUAUUUUUUAGCUAGAGAGUUUUGUUAAUCACCCUAGCUACUGUAUUUUUACGUUUUAUAUGUAAAGCUUGACAAUAGCUCAACGUAUAAUUUAUUUGUUUUUUAUAAAGUUCACCCUCCUGCUUCACGACAAUAGCCAAUGUAUAAACUGUAUUAGAGGCACUGCACUGAGCUUCGUAUUGCGUCUGUACAUGGGAACAAGAACUGUGAUUUGUAGUCCACUCAGAAUCAAUUGUGAAUUGUUUUUAUUGUAGUUUUCUCUUAAAUAUACCACAUCUGUGCAAAACAGUCUCCCAGAGUCAUCUUUCCUUCGA